UCGGGACCAAUGCCGCCUGCGCCGCCAGUGGUCAUCCCCAGUGGUAACAGCAUAAUCGUCAACCCACUCCAGCGGACAAACCCCGUCCUCGACGCGAUCCGCAACGUGAACAAGGAGUUUGGCGAUGUCGUGUGCGACUUCCAGGUCGGGAAGACAACGGGCGUGCUUUUCUUGAGCCUCAAAUACCACCGUCUUCAUCCUGAAUACAUCCACACUCGGAUUGAAAAACUGAGAAGUUCAUAUACUUUGCGCAUCCUACUGGUCGUUUCUGACGUCACAGAGCACCGGGAAGCCAUCAAAGAGCUCACAAAGGCAAAUGUGUUUAAUCAACAACAUCACUAUUCUCGUCGCCUUCUCGUAUGCUGCCUCUUCUUCGCAGCAUUGUCUUCAUAUAUUUUCAGUGUCGAAGAAGCUGGCCACUAUAUCGCCACAUUCAAGCAGUUCGAGCAUAAGCCCCCCGACAUGAUCAAAGAGCGUGUCGACAAAGACUACGAUUCGGUCCUCCGCUCUGCUCUCACGAGCAUCAGCAGAGUAAAUAAAACCGAUGUCGAAACACUCCGGACUUCCUUUGGAAGCUUCGCGAAUAUCGCACGUGCGACGUCUGACCAGCUGCAGGACAUGCCAGGCUUUGGCCAGGUCAAAGUGCGCAACAUAAAAAAUGCCUUCGAGAAACCACUUCGCAACCACGCGACAACAACGCUCGAUAUGAUGUCCCAGAAGGGUAAAGGCAAGCAGCGCGAAUCAAGUCCAGUCUGGGACAUCGAAAAUGAUGGUGUUGAGGGACAAACACGACCUGAAUCGCCCCCAUGGGACAUUGAAUUGGAUUUGAACGACUGA